UAUAUUGAUUAAAAAUAAGGCAACACUAUAAGUCCAUUUUAACAUUCUACAUUGCUGCAUAUUAUAAAUUGUUUACUACUUAUAAGAAUUUGUAAAAGAAGAAUAUAAUGAACUCACCUAUUUAAAGUUUCAUCAUCCAUUAUAUUCCAGUUUGGAAAAGACUUCAUUUUAUAUUAAUAAUGGGAGAUCCAGAGUUGAUAGCAUUGAAGAAUUUAAGAAAGGAACUUCUUGUAAAGGCUUGUAACUUACUUGAAAAGUUAAAGAAGCAAGAGACUGGUUACAAGGAUUUUGUUGUGAUAGAGGAACCAGAUGCCAUGAAGGAAAAUAAUGUAAAAAAAAAAGUAGAACACAAUGAGCAUAAAGCUUGUGAAAUUUCUAGAAAAGUUUCCAAUUUAACAUUUGAAAAUAUAGAUAGAAAAUGGUUAAAGGAUAAUUCUUAUAAUUACACAGCCUUAGUAGCAACAAACUGUUUAAAAUUUCAUGUUGCAUUAUUAGUAACACUAGAGGAAGAAGAAAAAUUUGAAAUUUGUGGUAUAACAUGUAAUUAUAUUGACAUUAGUAAAUGUUAUACAUUAGAAAUUGAUCCAUGGAUUCAAACGAUAUCUGAGUUGAAGAAUUUUUCGCUUCUAACAUCUGUAAUGGUACACUAUAGUGAACAAAGUACAUUCAGAAAGAUGGUUAUAAAUAAUUUGAAAAAUGCAAAAUACAUAAGUGAUGAACCAUGUACAUAUAAUAAUGGUGGAAUUUUGAUAUAUGUUCAGUCACCUGAAAAUGAUGAACUAAAAUAUUUAAAGAUUCAGUGGUCAGUAGUAUUUGUAGAAGAAGUCUGGAAAAUAGAACAUUAUUUUGUUAUAAAUGCUCUAGAAGCAGGUCAUACCUUUGCAAAAGAAAAAGUGGAAUUACUAAAAGCGCUUUGUAAACCAAAGCACACACAACAGAAUCUCAUUAAUCUAUGGGAAAGAUUAUGUUCUGCUGUUAAUUUAUAUGAAGGUAGAGACGAAAAUCAAACGAAUAUUAUUUCUAAAUAAUCUGUAUAAAUGUAUAUUCAUUAUUAUAAAAAAUUAUAAUAAAUAUGUUUUGGAUAUA